ACCUGGCCGUGCGGUGAGUUUGCCGUCGCUUUACUCACAGAAAGCCCAUUUAAAAAGGAAAGGGAUGAGUGGAACGUCCCUGACUCCAAAACAGAAGCAACAGCUUUCUCUCCGGCGGCGCGUCCUUCAACCCGGAUCGGCAUAAAUGAAUGAAACACAGGGGACUAUCCACACACGAUCGCGCCGGGACACCCUCGGUCACAGCAUCCCGUCGGGAGGAAUUUAUGUCGGGCUUGACAGGGAGAUCAACGCGAGCUUUUCCGUCUGGAACUUCAUCCCAAGAUUGUCAAAUGAGUGAACGGCCGCCGGUGUCUUCUGCCCGCCUCGCUACGGAGUCACGCUGUGAUUAACGGAUCAGGUUUUUGACUGCCGGGACAAAUGAAUACAAAUGAAUUUAGGCACCCAAAGGAGAGAUUGCAAAACCUCUCAUCUAGACACAAAGAGAGCCCUACUGCUCUGUACCGUUUUAUAUUGUACUUGUUACCUGGGACUUACGCAAGUACACUCUGAAGAUGUGGACAUUCUGCAACAUUUGGGGCUUAAGGGAGAGAAGCCAUCACGACUGGUGCCCACAGGAGUCAUUCCAUUUCGAUCUGGAAUCAUCCUCAACCAAAAGGCUAACAUCGAACGGCCAUUUCACUCUGUCUUCCCUAAAUCUUUCUGGCCCAAUGUGGCACUGGUCCUGAGUUUGCGCUCGCACCGUGUCAACAAUGCCUUUCUCUUCACGCUGCUCUCAGGCCGCAAGAAGCUGCUGCUUGGCCUUCAGCUUGUGCCAGGAAAACUUGUUCUUCAUACAGGACCCAAUAGCUCGGUAGCACUGCCUUACGAGCCCCAUGAUGGCCAGUGGCACCAGCUGGCAAUUGAAAUUAAAGGACAGAGAGUGACUCUUUAUGCCUCCUGCGGAGAGCAGAGUGUUCAUGCAGACUUUGGGUGGGAUAGUGAUGAGGGACCAACUCCAGAACUUCAGGGCUCCUUUCUUCUGGGGCGGUCAAGUCAACAACAAACUUCAGCACACUUCGAAGGAGCCAUCUGCCAGUUUGACCUGGUCCCAUCUGCACAGGCAGCUCACAACUACUGCAGGUACAUUAAGAAACAGUGCAGGGAAGCAGAUACGUACAGGCAGAAUCUCCCUCCCCUCUUGCCCGUCUUACCACGACAAACUAACCUAACAGCCACUGUGGUUACUCCUAAGAGUGAUGGCCCAGAAACGGCCAAGAAGUCCACAAAACUAAGCCUAGCUAAAAGUGUUGCUGCUGCUGCUUCGGCCGUCAGAAUUGUGGAGCUCACCCAAUCAGUAAAGCCCAGCCCUGUGACCAUCCCUACACCUGUUCGAGGAACAAUGAUGCCAGUCUCACCCCAGUUUGGACUUGCCUCCCCAACCCCAAAGGCAAGGACAAUAACUAUAACUGCACCACUCAGGACAAAAGCAGCGCCAACAAAAUCACCAACGCCAAGACCGUCCACCUCUAAGACGACAAAACAGACACCCACCAAGCCUACACCUACCAACCCUACCUUGAAAUCCAGCACAAAAAAGCCAAGCGUGUCAAAAGAAAAAAAGAAACCAACCACCCCUGCCACUUCCAAACCGACCAAGAAAAGGCCUGACCCCAUCCUAGCUGACCAAGGUCCAGUUCCAAAGAAACCACAACCCACUAAAGCAACAAAAACACAAGCAAAGCCCAAAGUCACAUCACCAAAAGCCGCUCCACCUAAACCUAAACCAAACACCGUGAAAGAUGCCCUUCCCAAGCCAGCGAUACCCAAGGCCAAACCGUCAAAAUCAACGAUACCCAAAGCGACUACUACCAAGCCCUUCAAGACAGAUAUCAAACAGACCCCCAAGCCGACGAAGCAACCCAAAACCGCCAAGGCUCCGCCGAAUCCACAGCCAACCCGACCCUCUUUUGAUGCAGUAACUGUAACACCGGCUGCCACCGACGGCUUCCAAAGUUGGGAUCUGCCACCAACCCAGUUUUCCUUAUUAGCUGGACCUGUCGGACAGAAAGGAGAUGCAGGCCUGCCGGGACUUCAGGGACCUCCGGGGAAACCAGGCUUGGCUGGGAAAAGGGGUCCUCGGGGUCCUCCUGGUCCUCACGGGAAACCCGGGCCUCCUGGUCCCCCUGGGCUCAAGGGAAGAAAAGGAGAUCCUGGAAUCUCACCUGGUCCUGCACCAAAAGGAGAGAAGGGAGACUCAGGGAUAAUUGGUCCAGUUGGACUGGCUGGUCAAGCAGGUCGAAAGGGACAGAGAGGUCAUCCCGGUCCACCUGGACUACCUGGAGAACCAGGGGAGCAAGGUCCUGUCGGAAGCCCCGGUGCCAAAGGUUAUCCUGGCAGGCAGGGUUUACCAGGACCAGUAGGACCGAUGGGGCCGAAAGGCGUACGGGGUUUUAUCGGAAUCCCGGGGCUUUUUGGUCUCCCUGGGCCUGAUGGCGAAAGAGGUAUUCCCGGUGAACCAGGCAAGAGGGGCAAGAUGGGUAGGCCGGGGUUUCCCGGGGACUUUGGGGAGCGAGGACCACCUGGACCAGAUGGAGAGCCAGGUGAGAUGGGAGCCCCGGGUCCAAGCGGAGUUCUCGGACUUAUUGGUGACAUGGGACCUGCUGGCGAAAUGGGCAUUCCAGGUCCGAGUGGCCUCAAGGGGGUGCCAGGAAAUCCCGGAGAACCAGGACUGAAAGGUGAUAAGGGUGAUAUUGGAAUUCCUGGAGCGCAAGGAGAGAUCGGUUACAAAGGUGACAAGGGCAUUCAGGGGGCUCCAGGACUAAUCGGAAUCCGUGGAAAACCAGGACCAGCGGGUCAUCCAGGUGAUCGAGGUCCAGAUGGCACACAAGGACCACCAGGUCCAGAGGGUUUCCCCGGUGACAUGGGACCGCCAGGAGACAACGGACUUGAAGGACCAAAGGGAAAGCUAGGGACAAGAGGUUUGCCUGGGCCACGAGGGGCUGCGGGUCUGGAGGGGGAUGAAGGCCCACUUGGACCACCUGGACCAACAGGACUAGAAGGCCGAAUGGGCAGAAAAGGUUUUCCAGGAAAGGUUGGGCCCGAGGGAGGAAAGGGGGAGCUUGGCAUCACUGGAAAAGUUGGUCCUGUGGGAGAAAGAGGUUUAGUGGGCUUCAUCGGACCUGUCGGAGAAGCAGGACUGGCGGGAGAGAAGGGGGACCGUGGUGAGAUGGGCCUUCCUGGACCACCUGGGGAAAAAGGGUCAUCGGGUCACCCCGGGACGCCGGGUGAAACGGGACCAUCUGGGCCGCCGGGAAGACCAGGACCCUCUGGUGCAGCUGGGCCAGCAGGUACCAGGGGACCCAAAGGCUUGCAGGGAGCGACGGGUCCUGACGGUCCAACAGGAGAGAUGGGCUUAGAAGGCAAGAAGGGUCCUGAUGGUCCUCCUGGAAAAAUAGGCUUCCCAGGUUCGCAGGGGAAGAUCGGGGAGAUGGGGGAAACUGGGCCAAAAGGUUUUCCUGGCAUCCAAGGACCUUCUGGACCUCCUGGGGACAAGGGAAUACCUGGCGAGCAGGGUCCACCAGGAGCGCCGGGAACCGUAGGACUGUUGGGUGAAAUUGGCCAAAAGGGUCCACCGGGUAAAGUUGGUGAACCAGGACUUCCAGCAGAACCAGGAGAGAAGGGAGACAUUGGACCUGCUGGAAACAUAGGAGAGCAAGGACUCAUCGGAGAGCGAGGGACGCCAGGUUUAGAGGGGGAAGCUGGUCCUGCUGGCCCUGAUGGUACCAAGGGUGAAAAGGGUGACAUGGGUCAGGAGGGCGACAGCGGCGAAAAAGGCGAAAUGGGUCUAAAGGGAAAGGAAGGUCCGCCUGGAAAUCCUGGACUUGGUGGUGUCAGAGGUCCUGAAGGUAAACCUGGCAAAAUUGGAGAAAGAGGCAAGCCUGGGAUGAAGGGGGCUAAAGGUCACAUUGGUCACCUUGGAGAAACUGGGUCCAUGGGGAAAACCGGGCCACCAGGAUUUGUCGGGCCGAAGGGCUCAAGAGGAACCAUUGGACAUGUGGGCGCCCCUGGACGAAUGGGUCAACAGGGAGAAACUGGAAUACCUGGUUAUGAGGGACAUCAGGGAUCUCAGGGGCCAAUGGGCCGUCCGGGACCUAAAGGUGAAAAGGGUGAGCAGGGAGAUGACGGGAAGGCAGAGGGUCCCCCUGGUCCUCCAGGUGACAUAGGUCCUCCAGGUGACAGAGGAGAGAGGGGAGAGUCUGGAGAUCCAGGAUAUAAAGGUCAAGUUGGUGUUGAUGGGCCAAGAGGCCGAGCCGGAGCUCCUGGACUCCCGGGUCAUCCUGGACCAAGAGGGCAACAAGGGCCCAAGGGCGCCAAAGGAGAUCAAGGUCAAAAAGGAAAAAAGGGUCCUGUGGGACAAAAGGGAGCGAGAGGACAAGAGGGUCCUGGUGGUGCUGCUGGGGCUCGUGGGGUCGUGGGCCGGGAGGGGCAGGAGGGAGUGCCUGGGAUGGAUGGAACACCGGGCAAAGAUGGAAGCAAAGGAAUGCCGGGAGAACACGGUGAUGAUGGAGUGACGGGUCUUCCUGGCAAAGCAGGCUCACGCGGGAAAACUGGUGUUCCGGGACUCCCAGGAGAUCAAGGCAUCAUUGGACCAAAGGGAGAUCAAGGUCUUAGGGGCCAGAGUGGACCACCAGGAAAAAGAGGCUUCCGAGGUGGAAUGGGACUUCCAGGACCACAGGGUGACAAAGGACCCAAAGGCCAGCCGGGUGACACCGGCGAACCGGGUUUUCCUGGAAUUCUCGGAGUAUUUGGACCUCGGGGGCCUCCUGGUGACCACGGUCCAAAAGGCAUUCGGGGACCAAAAGGUCCCCAGGGAGCGAUGGGCAGAGGAGGAGUCGUGGGUCCUGUGGGUUUUAUUGGUCCAAAUGGGCGAACAGGUCCAAGAGGGCAGAAAGGCAGUCGUGGAGAGCUUGGGGUUCAGGGUCCGAGGGGUGCACCAGGACCACGAGGACCUCCUGGACGCCCGGGUCCACCAGCCAUCCCACAAUCAUUUAGAGAUGACGGCGUCUUGUUUGUGGACUCUCACACUCCACUCAGGACGGAGAACAAACUAGCGAUGGAUCUCCCCAUGCUGGACCAGGGCGCCGAGAUCUUUAAGACCCUCCACUACCUCAGUAACCUGAUCCAGAGCCUGAAAAACCCACUGGGCAAUCGGGACAACCCGGCCCGCAUCUGCAGGGACCUGCACAGCUGUGAACACAAGUUAAACGAUGGCACUUAUUGGAUCGACCCAAAUCUCGGCUGCUCGUCUGAUAAAAUAGAAGUGUCCUGCAACUUCACUGGUGGAGGGCAGACCUGCCUGAAACCAGUCACGGUGUCAAAGACUGUGAUCAGCGUCGGUCGCGUCCAGAUGAAUUUCCUGCACCUCCUGAGCUCUGAGGCGGUCCAGCAUGUCAUCAUUCACUGUCUGAACGUGACAGUGUGGGGGUCUGGUAAGAAUCAGCUGGCUGAAAGCCCGGUGAGUUUCAAGGCCUGGACCGGGGAGGUGUUCGAGGCAGGAGGAGAGCUGGAGCCAGAGGUCCUGGAGGACUCCUGCUGGAUCAAAGAUGGCCGCUGGCACCAAACCCACUUUGUCUUCCACUCACUGGACCCAUCCCUGCUGCCUGUGAUCGACAUCUACAACCUUCCAAAGACGUCUCCUGGCUCACAUUACCACCUGGAAGUAGGUCCGGUGUGUUUCUUGUGAAGGUCUGCCAAGAAAAGACGGUGGAAUCAUUGUCAUCGCCUGUCGAUGGCCAGCAAACUGCCACGUGGAGAUGGCUCCCCUACGCCCGGAUCAGUGAGAGCGAGCCACUGUGCUCUGCUGCCAAACUCCCAGUGGACUGCGGCAACACAGGGAUACAAGUGAGGGAGUGGCAGCAGAAGUUCUCAUGGAUCACCGCAGCAACAGCUCCUCUGGAAAGGAUCUCUAUGUGCCACAGAGAACUCUAUGUCCUUCAGUUUCUCUCUGGAACUAUGCUGAGUCAAAGGGGAGCGAUGAGUGGACGUAAUAGUAAAUUAUUUUUGUAUACAAAUCUGUGUGAUUAAAAAAGUAAUUAAAAAUUUUAAAAAAAAAUUAAAGGAAUUCAGUCUGUCCGGAAAUAAUGAAUGAAGUUGGAUGAGUAAAUGUACAUAUAUGUAGACUAUUAAACUUUUAUACAUGUAUAUCUAAUGUAAAGUUAUAAUCUUCAAGUGCAAUAGAGAAUGAGAAGAUAACUGCUAAACUACGUUGAAGGAUUUGUUUUCAGGGGCGCCGUUAUUUUUCCGGUGUUCGAUUGCUUGAACUGAUUUUAAAAAAAAAAAUCUGUAUUUACUGGUGCUCUUUGAGUAUAAAAAAACAUGAUCAAAUCACACAACCCUAUCACAUAUCGAUGUUAUCUGCCAGAAGCCACUGACAUUCGGGAUAUAUCAGUGACUAUGGGUGUUUUAAAAGGAAGGAAAAUGCAUUUUGCUGCCGUUGUUGUGACUAGAAGUGGUCAAUUUUGUCUCUCAUUUAUACGGUUACAGUAGUUUACCAUGGUGCUAUGAGUAGUCCUGUUGCUACACCACUCAGUCACUCAUACCUUAUAUUCUAAAGGGGCAGCUUCUAAUGGCUGCUCUCUUGAGAUAUUUUAUCCCCAAAUUUGUUAUUCAAAAUACACAAACUGUAUUUUAUAUUAUAGCAAAUAACAGAAGUAGUUUGAAUAAGAGCAUUUAUUUGUUGUAACUGGACACAAGUGUGUAUAAUUGUGCUGUAUACAGUGGAUCCCCUCUUGCUAAUUUAUGUUAUUUAAUGUUGUUACCGUGGUUACAGACUGAGUACCUACUCUCUCUUUAUAUAUAUCAGCUGGCCCAACUGGUCUUGGAGUUUAUAGAUUUUUUUUAUAUGUACAUUUGGGCUCCAGAGAACAAAUUUAUGAUGGUGUUAAUUAUUUUUUUAUUUUGCUCGCUGAUGUUUCUCUCUCUCACUCUCUACGAUCACCAAUCAUGUACUGUACCGGGACUUUUUAAAAAGUAUGUGAAAAUAUUUUUGUAAAUCUGUUGUAGACAUUAAAAGGAGCUAAGAAUACCUCACCUUUGACACACACACAAACACACACACACAGACACACACACACAAGAUCAAACAUUUUGUUGUUUUGAUUCUUUCGAAUAACUUAAGCCUGUUCAGAUAUAUCAGCCAAAAACAAACCCAAUUCUGAACAUGAUGAUAUCUGGUUUUAUAUAUUUUGUUGGCUCUUUAAUGUUUUUCAGUGUCCAUU